AAAAGAAGUGUCACUCAAGCAAACCGAUUCGCGUUUGUUGAUGCUGCGCUGAUAGUUCCUGUUGUAGAGCUGCAGCUACUCUGAGCUGGGCGGUUUCUAAUCUGAAGGCGUCCGUCCCACUUUUUCUUGAUGUCCAAAUACAAACUCUUCCUUCUCCGACAUGGGGAAGGCGCGUGGAACAAGGAGAACCGCUUCUGCAGCUGGGUUGACCAGAAACUGAGUGAGAACGGAGUGGUUGAAGCCCAAGAAUGUGGCAGGCUCCUGAAAGAGCAGGGGUACCAAUUUGACCGGGUUUUUACCUCCAUACUGAGCCGUUCCAUCCAGACGGCCUGGUUGGUCCUGGAGGCCAUGGGACAAGAGUGGGUCCCAGUCACCAAAUCCUGGAGGAUAAACGAGCGGCAUUACGGUGCCCUGAUCAGCCUCAAUCGGGCCGAGAUGGCGUUGAACCAUGGCGAGGAACAGGUUAAACUAUGGAGGCGUAGCUAUGACAUCACACCACCCCCAAUUACUGAGUCACAUCCCUAUUAUGCUGAAAUUUACAAUGAUCGACGAUAUAGUACGUGUGAUGUUCCGAAAGAGGAACUGCCUAAAGCGGAAAGUCUAAAGGAAGUGUUAGACAGACUUCUUCCUUACUGGAAUGAUGUCAUUGUACCGGUGAUCAAAAGUGGGCAAACGGUCCUCAUCUCUGCACAUGGCAACAGCUGCAGGGCUUUGCUUAAACAUUUGGAAGGCAUAUCAGAAACAGACAUUGUGAAUGUAACGUUGCCCACAGGAGUACCAGUCUUGCUGGAGCUGGAUGAAGAUCUUCGACCGGUCAAGCCCCGUCAGCUUCUGGGCGACCAGGCCAAAAUUGAGGCAGCCAUCAAAAAGGUGGAGGAUCAAGGGAAGGUUAAUGCACAAAACAAAUAAGGAAAUGUCACAAUCAUUCAGAUAGGAACUGUUUAGUCAGAAAGAUUAUUAAUCAUUUAGUACUGUAUGUCACAAAGCAUCUGGUAGAGACAGUUUGGGUGUGCCUGAGGUAGACUGGUUUCUGGUUGUAGUGGUAUUUUAGGAAUCGUGUAGAGUUAUAUAAGUCAAUGUUUUGAAUUCAAGCACUGGUUACUGAUCCAAAAUGCUGACUUGGCACAUGUAUUUUGUCAUAGCAAGGUCUGCAGACCAAAUAAUGAAAUCGUAACGAUAUAACAUUAUUUAAAAUGAAUAUUUAGUAAUGUGCAUAAUUUUUUUUUAGCUCUUGCUUGUUUUUUCCAAUGGAUUUUAGGCCACGGAAAACCAGUGGUGCCUUCCUUUGGGUAAAAAAUAGGAUCAAUCAGUUGUUUUCUGAUAGUGUUAUUACUAAAGGUCAACAAAUUCUUUUAACAGUUUCUAUAUUUAAAAACUAUAUACUGUAUACUACCAAUCAAAAGUUUGAGGUCAGUAUGAAAAUAUCACGUAAGCUCACCAAGCCUGAUCAAAAAUACAGUAAAAACAGUAAGAUUGUGAAAAUGUUGUUUUCUUUAUUGCAAAAUGUAAUUUUAGUGUCACGUGAUCCUUCAGAAAUCAUUUUGAUUAUCUGAUUUGUUGCUUAAGAAAUAUUUAUAGUUAUCAGUCUUAAAAAAAAAAAAAACUUUUGUGAAAGCCAUGAUACAUUUUAUUCUUUGAUAAAUAGAAAGUUUAAAAGAACCACAUUUAUUUGAAGUAAAAAAAAAAUUGUAACAAUAUAAAAGUCUUUACUGUCACUUUUGAUCAAUUUAAUUUUUUUGCUGAAAAAAGAUGUCACAUGACCCGCGGUGCGCUUGUGGCAUAAAUAAUUCUUACAGCCACUUUCUAUUUUGUGAAGCUCAGCAAUCUUGUUCUGCACAUCAGAACUAUGUUCUUUGGUUUUACUCCUUGUGAUAGACACUUAAGGGAAUUUGGCCUUUGUGUUCCUCAUAUUUAAAAUCCUGUGCAACAGGAAGUCAUGGCUGGACAAUUUCAUUCUCCUAGCUCCACCCUGGUGUGCUAAAAAAAUGUAAAUAUGAAUGGGAAUAUAUUUCAGAGAUGUUUUACUCAUAAGAUUUUUAGGGGUGCCAAUAAUUGUGACCAAUGUGAGCUAGAGAAAAACAUUUAUUUCAUAAUGAGAUUCCCACACUUCAAUGAAAGGAAUGGAAUUUUGUGAAUUUUAAAGGUUCAUGUUUACCAAGGGUGCCAAUAUUUGUGAAGGGCACUGUAUAUAUAUAUAUAUGUAUAUUACUGACCUUAAACUUCUGAACGGUAGUGUAUAGGGAUUAAUCCAACUGGAAUGGAAUCAUUCCAAAAAUAAUUAAUAGUAAAAACAAGCAUAUUAUUCACUCCACUGUCUAGACUUUCCAAGGCUCAGAUCUUAAUGAAUUUGUAUUCAUAUUCCCCAAAUUCAUAUUCUUAACUUCAAAUUCUUACUCCAGACUUCAGUGGAUGUCUGAACGAUAACUAUAAAUUAUUUAAAAUAUUUUGUGUUACAUGGCACUGUUAGCGUAUUUUAUAAAGUAUUUUAAAACAAUUAUUUAAAAAGGGAUAUUUUGUUUUUAUCUAAUGUAUUUAUUAACGGAGAUAUGAAGAAUAUAUGUGUUAAGACUAAGCUAUAUUGAGUUUUAUCAUGCACUGCCACACACAACUCACGCUAGCUCUUUUGUAUCUCAUUCUUUUCUCCACCAACGUUUACCAACUCAGUGGCAAAGAAAAACCAGUCUUACUGGUGAACUUACAGAACAUAGUUGUGGUUUUGAUUGUCUGUGAUACCUCUCAUUGUUUUACUGUAUUUAAUGUUGCUCAACACUGUACUCUAUUGGUACAGAAAUGUUAUAUGUAUAUUGUUUUUUUUUUUUGUUAUAAUGGCCAUAGUGGCUUUCACUGUUACAUGUCUAUAUGUUCUACCCCUGUUUAUUAUUCAACUAUGGCACAUUAUAGC